CCCAUCCCGUCUCCUCGUCUCCGUUUCCCCGGUGGUGGCCCCGGUUUUACCGGCAUGAAGCAAGAGCCCCCCUCGGGCCCGGGGGUCGUCGGGGCCCCGCCCCCCGCCCUCUGGAUCUUCGGCUACGGCUCCCUGGUCUGGAGGCCCGACUUCGCCUUCAGCAGCCGCCGCGUGGGCUUCGUGCGGGGCUACAGCCGGCGCUUCUGGCAGGGCGACACCUUCCAUCGAGGCUGCGACCAGAUGCCUGGCCGAGUGGUGACCCUCCUGGAGGACUAUGAGGGCUGCACGUGGGGAGUCGCCUACGAAGUCCGCGGCGAGCAGAUCGGCGCGGCCUUGCGUUACCUCGACGACCGGGAGGCCGUGCUGGGCGGCUACGACACGAAGAUGGUGGACUUCCACCCGCGGGACGCCCCGGACCAGCCCCUGCGGGCCCUGGCCUACGUGGCCACCCCGGAGAACCCCGGCUACCUGGGCCCGGCCCCCGAGGAGGCCAUCGCCACCCAGAUCCUGGCCUCCAGAGGCUGCUCGGGCCACAACCUGGAGUACCUGCUGAGGCUGGCGGACUUCAUGCGGCUGUGCGGGCCGCAGGCGCGAGACGAGCACCUGGCCGCCAUCGUGGAGGCGGUGGGGGCCCUGCUGCCGCGCUUCGGCCCCCCGGAACCGCUCCCGGCCCUGGCCUGAGCCCCCGGGCGCGCCAGGACCGCGGAGGGUCGGCUGAGCGGGACUCGGCCGGACCCCGGAGCGCGUCCCCCUCUCCCCGGGUACCAGUGCAAUAUGGACAAACACCCGUCACCUCCUCCUCCUCCAUUCUCCUCGGUUUCUAUUUAUUGACCGCUCUCGCUGGGACUCUCUGGAAGCUGGUGCUGGAAGCCAGGCCCCCGGCCGACGGCCCCGCCGGGCAGGUGGGGCCUGGCGCUUGCUGCCGCCGGCCCGUGCCCGGCCUCUGCCUCUCGUCCGUCUGUGUCCAUGUGUCUGUGUAUCUGUCUCGGUGGAGUCCGGGCAGCAGGGUUGGGCUCAGGGUCCCCGGGUGGGCAAUCCCCUCCUCAAUUCUAUAAACGGUCUCUUUGC